UUUUCUUGUUUCGACAGCCAUUUUGAAGUGGAUCUGGCCGGUGGUGUAGGAUAAUUAAUAAUUGUGUCUUAGUCUAUAAUUGUGUACAGGAAAACGACAGAAACGCAUUGCAUAUAGUGGUUAAAUAGCUGGUAUAUAUUGAGAAUGUCUAUAGAAGAUAAAGCAGCGUUAAAGGAGCUGGACGCAUGGAUUGAACAACUCAAUGAGUGCAAACAGUUGACAGAAAACCAAGUAAAGACAUUGUGUGAUAAGGCCAAGGAGAUUCUCGCCAAGGAGUCCAAUGUCCAGGAGGUAAAAUGCCCUGUAACGGUGUGUGGCGAUGUGCACGGCCAGUUCCACGACCUCAUGGAGCUGUUCAGAAUUGGGGGCAAGUCACCAGACACGAAUUACCUUUUCAUGGGGGACUAUGUAGACCGGGGCUACUAUUCCGUCGAGACAGUAUCCCUACUGGUUGCACUCAAGGUGCGCUACCGGGAGCGGAUCACAAUCUUGCGGGGCAACCACGAAAGUCGGCAGAUCACUCAAGUGUAUGGCUUCUACGAUGAGUGCUUGCGCAAGUACGGCAAUGCCAACGUGUGGAAGUACUUCACAGACCUGUUUGACUACCUGCCGUUGACAGCACUUGUGGAUGGCCAGAUCUUCUGCCUCCAUGGAGGCCUCUCCCCUUCCAUUGACACCUUGGACCACAUCCGGGCAUUGGACAGGCUGCAAGAGGUCCCCCAUGAGGGGCCCAUGUGUGACCUGCUGUGGUCGGAUCCGGAUGACCGCGGUGGCUGGGGGAUCUCCCCCCGAGGUGCUGGUUACACCUUCGGGCAGGACAUCUCUGAGACCUUCAACCACAGCAAUGGACUCACCCUAGUGGCCCGGGCACAUCAACUCGUCAUGGAGGGUUACAACUGGUGCCACGAUCGGAAUGUGGUGACCAUCUUUAGUGCACCUAACUACUGCUACCGCUGUGGCAACCAGGCAGCCAUCAUGGAGCUGGAUGACCAACUCAAGUACUCGUUCCUCCAGUUCGACCCAGCACCUAGAAGAGGGGAGCCACAUGUGACCCGCCGCACACCCGACUACUUCCUUUAAGCCCUGUACCGCGCUGCUAGAUCUUUAACAAGUCUGUUUUGCUUGUAUGCCAACCUCUCCCACCCUUCUGCUGAUGCUACCUCCCGUCCUUCAGCACUGUCCUCCUGAUUUUAGUCAGGCGACACUGUCACUUCUGAUGAUUUACAUACUUGCAACAGACUGAGCAAGCUUGCUUUCUUAGUGGCUACUGUCCCUUGCGGCCAUUGAGAAAGAGUGAACAAGCUGCUGAAAUCCUGGGUCUGUCGGCUUCCAUUAUGGAACCAGUGCAAAAGGGCCAGGGAGAUAGUUCCAUUCUCCCCUCUUCUUGAUGCACUUUUUUUUUUUCUUGUUCUUUCAGUGUCCCACCAAUCAGUGUUUUUAACUAAAGCAGUGUUCUGCAUUUUUUAGUAUCUGUAAAGCUUAACAUUUGGAAAAUUUGCAUGCAGUUCCUAUGGAAUUCUUACCCAUAUUUUUUUUUUUUUUCUCUUCUGCUUUUCUCAUCGAAGUUUGGUGCAUGCACUGCAAUGUGCUUAAGGUGUGGAGAGCUUGAGGUGAUGGCAGUGCUUUGAAAGAAAAACAAUGCAUUGGGGUGAGGAGCUGCUGUUCAUGUAAUACGUUUGGAGGAGGAGGCUAUGUCUUUUUUGUCGAAACAUAGUGGACUGUGAAUGCUGUAGAACAUUUCCUCCAUGGGCCCAACGAAUGGGGAUGAAUGUCUGUGCAAAGUGAAGUUUUUUAUUGCUUGCAGCUGGAUUUUCUUUUUAAUAAGCAUUCAUUGGAACUAAUGCAACUAUUGUGGGCUUCAACACUAUGUGCUUGCUCUAAUGAGAAGUGACUGCUGUUACUGCAGCUAGUGUCCUGCAAGAAAGGCUUGCACCAUGAAAUUAGUGCUUUUUUUUUUACAAGAAUUUAUGGUUUUGUCAUACAGUGCGCAUAAAUAUUUUGCGAAUUUUGUCCUUUCUGGGCACCUGGGCUGAUACAGAAUUGUCAACUUGACUAAUCUUGCAUUUGCCCACAAAAGCCAACAUUCGACAAGCUAAGGGGGAUAUAGAAGGCAAUAAAAUAGGUGUGUAAUCCCACUCAUCUGCUCGGUCUUGCACAAUAUGUUGCUCAGCUCACAGAAAGGAAAGGAAAAUAUAUACGCUCUAUUGAAUGUUUUCUGUUUAUCUUGUGACAUGGUAACAGUUGUACGCCACGUUGGCACUUCCGUAGGAUGCUGCACGUUUUUUUUUCUCAUUUGCAAUUGAUUGAGGCCAGAAAUGCUUAUUGUGCGACAUGUUUUCAGAGAAUGGGUUUUGAAAACGGGAUGCCAUAUGCGGAAUUUUCACGGAACACGGUGGCCUACGCAAUAAACCGAUUUCACCGCUCGAACAGUGCAUGCGGAGGUGGCGCCGCCGCCAUGAUGCUGAUAGUUGAUGCUCACGCCGCGCUAGAUUCUCCCUCCUUGCCGAAUUUCGAUACGGCCAUACGGUGGUGGCUAUCGGCGUCUUUUGCGCACGCUGUUUGACCAUUUAUUCGUGGUUGGUUAUUUUGACUUGUACAAACUUGUGACGAAAGAAAACGAGGGAAGCAGCUAAUCCUUCAGACUUUCGUCGUCAUUCAGAUCGCUAAAUGCUGCAGGCAGCCCUGUCUGCAGCGGUUACGUGGUUGAACUCGAGGUGAAAUCGGUCUAUUGUAAAAAUGAAGGUGUGUAGUUUUCGUGACACGGUCACCUUCGCUAUUGUGGAAUUGAAGGUGGUGUAGAUUGUCCGUGCAGGUACUUGUUAGUGAUCCCCUUCCCACAUUUUUUUUCCCCCCUCGUGCUUCAGGAAGAGUACGUUAUGGAGCAUUAUAAUAAACGAAAUAAAAUGACCCCUCAUCUGCC